CCUUACCACGAGAAUUGUUGCACCGUCUUGUGCGUACAGCUCAAUAACUUGCUCGUGUCAGUUCCAUACGCACUUCUCCCUGUUUGCUGAUCAAUAGCACCGAUGCCCUCCGAAGAGCUGGCGGCCGCUGACGUCAAACCCGUUCACCAAGUGGUAACCUCGGAGACUGCAUCUGAUAGCGAGCAGGCGAAUCAAGAGGAGCUUAAAACGCAUGACGAUGAUGAGCAAAGUUCGCCUCCCAAUCCAGGGAAUCACGAAUCACGCCCGCUGCUUGGUAAUAGGCCGCGAUCAGAGGCAGGCCUGCGCCUAGACCCCCCAGAGCGGAUCGUGGUCUCGAGCGAUACACGCUACCGCGUACGAUGGCUCGGGAUUUCUUGGUCAGGCAGAAUAGAGGAGCCUCUAUGUGCACGAGCAAACUUCCAACCGCAUCCUAGAAGAGGCCUCUAUACCGACCUCCAUAAAUGGACCAGAGGGCAGGGCCAAGGAAGUAGCGCGCAAGAGGAAGGAAACGAUCAACAAGAUGGUCUCAAUCUCAAAUGGCUAUUGAGUUCAGAGCGAAAGAUGGAUUGCUACAUGGAAACCCAACGCCGAUACGCUCACAAUCAUAUCGUGAUCGGAAUCAUGGACAAGUGGACCGGGGUACCGCGCGAGCGCUUGAUCGAGGGCAUAGCUCACCAGCACCUUUUUCAGGCCAUUCGGCUCGCGUCUAGACAGCUCCGGCCCUGGUGGAAGCGCGUUUUGUCAUUGAAAAGCAUCCAAGGGUUCGCCGUCUACCAAUGCCACCCUGUCCAUGCCUACCACGAGGCGGUCGAUUUGGAUCGUCAGACCGAGCUCCUCCUGACGGAGUUAUUUCACGACUAUACGCGCCGCAAUACCCUUUCCGAGCUCCGAUGGCUUCCAUGGAUUCAGCAACGUUUCAACCACGGAGACCGUGAGCCAGGGAAACCUUGCUAUGCACUGCAGCUUAUUCUCCGGUGGUCUAUUGCCAAAAUAGCUGUCUAUGGUGUGACUCCUAUUAUCCUGAGUCUUGCGGUUGGGUUCUGGUUCCAGUAUGCGCAAGAGGGUGACAGGAUUGCCAUAGUGCAGACUGCGUGGACAAUCUCGUCAUUCAUCAUAGGAGGAGCGAGUGUGCUCAUUGCGGUGAUAGCUGCCAUAACGCAGCUCGGGGGUAUCUGACGGUGGUUUGCCGACACUCGGCUAGUACAGCCUGGAACCCCAAGAUAGAAUUAUGAGGCCUCCAUGCCUAAGCAGUUGUGCGCUGGUAGAGAUGCUAUAUAUUGUAAGGCCAAGUGCUGUAACUACCCAUUCUAUUGGAAGCUAUUGGAAAUCGAGAGCUCCUCACCAU